GACAUCAAUCAAAACUUUGUUUUUGAAACAAAGAAAGGAGAGGGAAUUUACAACAGAUAUUAUGGCUCUUCAUGUCUCUUGGGCUUUCGUUUUUGGCAUUCUGGGAAACGUUGUUUCAUUUCUGGUUUCCCUUGCUCCCCUGCCCACAUUUUACCAAAUAUACAAGAAGAGAACAUCGGAAGGGUACCAAUCAAUCCCUUACGUGGUAUCACUCUUCAGUGCGAUGCUUUGGAUUUACUAUGCACUCCUUAAGAAGGAUGCUAUGCUUCUCAUCACCAUCAACACUUUCUGCGUUUUCAUUCAGACUUUUUACAUUGUUGUUUACUUUUACUAUGGCCCAAAGAAGGAAAAGUUGGUGACACUGAAACUUAUCCUCCUCUUCAAUGUUUUCGGGUUCGGAGCCAUCUUUUUCUCAACUUUCUUCCUUAAAAACCCUUUGAUCCGUCUCCAAAUUCUUGGAUACAUUUGCAUGGGAUUCGCUUUGUGUGUGUUCGUUGCACCUCUCGGCAUUUUGAGAAAAGUGAUAAAAACCAAGAGCGUGGAGUAUAUGCCAUUUACUUUAUCAGUUUUCCUCACUCUCGGAGCAGUGAUGUGGUUUUUUUACGGCCUUUUGUUGAAGGAUAUGAACAUUGCUGUUCCCAAUGUACUUGGGUUUAUCUUUGGAAUUCUUCAAAUGAUUCUUUACGCCAUAUACAAGAACUACCCCAAGAAAAUGGUGGAAGAUCCCAAGCUUCAAUUAUCGGCUCAGCAAGUAGUCGUCGACGUCGUCAAACUGGGAUCGACGACGGUGUGUUUGGAAGUGAACGCGGUGGGUCCUAACCCCAACAAUGGUGAGGGAACCGAUGAAGCUCAAAAUAUCAAGACUAACAACACUACAGAUGCUUCAAACGAAGUCUGAAAGUGGAAUUAGAAUAUUCAAAGCAUGCAACGUCAUAUCUUGAGGUUUUUGCAUGGGAAAAUCUGGGUUGAAACCCAUGCAAAAAAAAAAAAAAAAUCCCCAGAUUUAUCUUAAUUAAAUUAAUAUGUUUAAUGUGUUCUGAAUCUUUCAAUUUAUGUCGUCUCUUAGUAUUAAUCUUUCAUCUGUAACUCUGCUAAUCAUGUUUUUAUCAUUAAUGAAAUGUUUAUAGUUGGUAGUGAAA